AGUUUAUAAAUUGUAAAUGGCUACCAGGGCAAACGAUAAUACAUAUUGUAUAGCUGCCGGCACUUAUGGAUGACUACGGAUGAUCGAUAGACCGAGCUAAAAAAACAACGAGGAUGCCAAAGUCCAUAGAGAAUAUACCCCUUCUGGACGACCAAAAGAAGAAACAGUACACCUUCACGCUUUGGCAGAAAUAUACAUCAUGUCGAUGGCAAGUAGGAAUCACCGCCGCACUCGCAAUGUCCUGUUCCAUACUUCUCAGACUCAAUAUGACAAUGGUGGUGGUCUGCAUGACACCUGGAAACCUGACACUAGCCGUAUCACAAAAUGGGACAGAAAUCACCAUACGUGACCCAUACUUGAACAACUACGUAUAUUGGGAUAGCACUAUUGAGGGACUGCUGAUAUCAGGGUACUACAUUGGUCAGGUGUUCACAUCUCUUGUCUUUGGAACCUUUACGGGAAGGAUUAGCGGGAGGAAAUUUAUUUUCUUUCUGACGUCAGCGCUUAUUGUGGUAUCAUUUGUUACACCAGCUUUAACAUUCUUCAGCCCCUACCUGGUCCUAGCAACACGAGUUUUGAUCGGCAUAGCAACGGGAGGAUUAGAACCUUGUGGCACUCAGCUCUUGUCUAAUUGGGCCCCUUUACACGAACGGGCUCAGAUGAUGUCGAUAACGGAGCAGGCCAACAGCAUUGGCGGGAUAGGAAACUUCAUCCUGUCAGGGUUCAUCUGUAACAUACCUGUCCUUGGCGGCUGGCCAUUUAUAUUUUACAUUUUCAGUGGAAUAAAUAUGGUAGCCAUGAUUCUAUGGCUUUUCCUGGUAUAUGACAAACCAAGUAAACAUCCUUGGAUUAAGCCAGCAGAAGUUGAUUAUAUCAACAGUCAUAGAACAAAAUCACAUGACAAGCCUCUGGUGGUACCUUGGUUCAAGAUGAUGACAUCGGGACCAGUUUGGGCAUGUGUACUAGGAUAUGUGACAUCCGGAACUCUCUUUAUGGUCAUGGCGGUGUGCCUUCCACUAUAUAUAGAACAAGUCCUAAAAUUUGACGUUGCAACGAAUGGGUUGGUCUCCGCAUUAGCAUUCGUCGGCCGAUUUCUUGGAGCACUAGUUUUUGGAUACCUGUCUGAUUGGAUCUUUACAAAAAGAUUGCUAUCAUUGAUAACAAUAAGGAAGACAUGUCAUGCUACUGGUCUACUUGGAUCAAUUCCUAUUAUUCUCGGCAUUAGUUUUCUGGGACAAGACGACCAGAGACUGGCCGUUGUACUAAUGACUCUCUACUGGUUCACACUCACCUGUAUGAACUCUGGAUUCAGGGUCAAUCCAGCCGACAUAGCUCCGAGAUUUGCAGGGGUGAUUUGUGGAAUGUGUGUUUUCCUGAACAGUGUAGUUUCGUUGUUUGUGCCGAUGGUGGUAACGGCUCUCACUCCCAAUGGUACAGCUGAUGAGUGGCAAAUAGUUUUUUACGGAUGUGUUGGCGUGUCUGUGGUUGGAACUGUGGUGUUUCUAGUGCUUGCCAGUGCCAAAGAACAGGAAUGGGCCAAGGAUCCAGAAAUGGACAAAGAUGUAGUCAUCAAAGUGACCGGAAGUAACAACCACGCCUUUGAUGUUGACUCGGUAUGUAGUCAGAAUUCAAGCUACUCCUUCAAGUGAACAAACAACCCACAUUUAACAGGACGUAGGAAACUCGUGGAUUAAAUUUAAUGCCAUUAACUUGAUUUGUAUUUCGUCGGAAUAGUGAGUUAUUGUUUUUGUGUUGUUAACGACAAUAAACUAAACAUUUUAGUCCAUAAGGCUUUAUCUUGUCCAUGGUUUAGUAGUCAGAAAACGGAAAAACAAAAACUCGUUGUGUUAUCCUUAGUUGGUUAACAGCACAGCAACGGGUAGGUCAUUUCCGACCUAACAACAAAAAUAAUGGACAGUUAUAAAUCGAAAUACACCAAAUGUAACAGUAAAAGAUUAUAAUCUGCAUAGACUAGUACAAAGCAAAACGGUCAGAAACUAUUAUAUUUUGAUUUUAUGGUGUAGAACAAUUCCACGUACUCAUUCGAAAAUCUUUGACAAAUGUAUUGUAUAGAACAAUGCUUUUCACAUCAUACACAUUUUUAUUUUUUA